AUGGUCUUCCAGAACCAGGAGGAGAGGGAGAACAGCACAUCAGAUCCUCUGAUGGAGGCCCCAUCAGGUCUUGUGGUGCCCCCUGCAGGCUCCAGCUCUCCUCAUGCUCCAGUCGUGUCUCCAGCUCUUCCUGAGCAGGCGGAGCUGGGAGCCCUGAAGGCGGACCGCAGAAACUCUGUCAGACGCAUCGAGGUCGACGGCAGGACUGUGAGGGUUCUGGAUGCCGAGACCAAAGAGCAGCUUUGUUUUUUAGAUAAGAAUGUGUGUGUGUGUGUGUGUGUGUGUGUGGGUGUGUGUGCGUGUGUGAUCUGCUCAGAUCCUCACUGGUAUCCAGCAAGACAGGCCCUGAUGCUCGAUGCCAAGGAAAAAUCACUCAGAGACGAGGAAGUCUUACAGAAUCUACCCGUCGGGACGACUGCCACGAUGUACUUCAGAGAUCUCGGCCCACAGUUAGGUUGGACCAUGGUGUUUCUUGCAGAGUGCAUUGGACCACUUCUCACCUACCUCCUCUUCUAUUUCCGAGUCCCUUGCAUUUACUCACACGAGUAUGCCCUUACCUCCAGUCCUCAUCCUGUCGUGAGACGAGCCUUUGCCUGCCACACCUUCCACUAUAUGAAGAGGUUGAUAGAGACCAUCUUCGUGCAUCGUUUCUCCCAUGGGACCAUGCCUCUCGGGACAAUCGUCCGGAAUUGUGUCUAUUACUGGGGUUUCUCAGCUUGGUUGGCCUACUAUAUCAACCACCCUCUUUACACACCUCCAUCAUAUGGAGAACUACAAGUCAACUAUGCAUUAAUCCUAUUUGUGAUAUGUGAGCUGGGAAACUUCUCCAUUCACUUGACUCUUAAUAAUCUCAGAGGGGAUGGAUCCAGAGGCAGACAGUUUCCUGAGCCAACAAAGAAUCCAUUCACGUGGCUAUUUUUCUUUGUAUCCUGUCCAAAUUACACGUAUGAGGCUGGAGCUUGGGUGUGCUUUUCCAUUAUGACUCAAUGUCUGCCAGUGGCGUUUUACACAUUACUGGGGUUCAUUCAGAUGACCAUCUGGGCCAAAGGGAAGCACAGAGCCUACAGCAGAGAGUUUAAGCACUAUCCAAGCCUCCGGAUGGCCAUUAUCCCGCUGAUCCUCUGACUGAGAACCAAACAUGAAUCCUUGGAGCAUAUGGCGAGUGUAUAUUCUCCCAACAAGGGUUUUUUAUUCAAACAAAGAUGUUUUCUGCUGCUGAGGACAGCAUUAUGCAAGUUUGGUUCUAUGAACUGAAAGUAGUGGAAAUGGGAGUGAUAAUAUGAUAGCAAUAUACUGGAGUAGUUAUUUGUAUUUACAAUAAGUCUUAGUUUCUUCAUAGAAAUUUGAUUUGGCAUUGUGAUUUGAAGUUCAUGAUAUUAGAUUUAUCUUGACUGCUGCCAUAUAAUAGCUUGUGUUAACAUUGGUUACACAUUAUUUUUUGGGGGAUUUUCAGGACAUGAUUUAAGGUUGAAAAUGGCACCUCAGCAUUUUAGCAACCUCUAUUCAAAGUGAAUAUUUUUCAUGGCGUAUUAACCCACAGAUUCUGCCACUUAUAUUUAAUGAUUAAUGCUUACAGCACUAAUACAAUUUGCCGGUUAAGUGAAAGAAAUAAAACGUACUCCAGCUCAUUAUAAAGUGCCCUUCCAAAAAAAAAAUCAGACUUGAAUUAAAAAUGUCAUGGCAUCCAUUUGAGAGUGCAACAUCACUUCAAAGUUCUCAGGAGUUAAACUGAUAAAGCCGACAUUUAAUUAUGCAAUUAAGCUUCUCCACUGUACAUCUCAGAUUGUGUUCUUCAGAGAAAAGGAAA